AGUCGUGUCCAUUGUCGAGAGAGUAAGCUGUGUGCUUUUAUGCAGCAAUAAAUAAGCGUAUCGUCGCCGCCACUCGAAGAAUCCACUUUUAUUCUCACCACCACAGCCUCCUCCCUUUAUUAUUAUUAUUAUUAUUCCUUUUACGUUGGUCCAAACAAACACCAAAACCAAAAAAUAUUUGUUCCAUUGAAUGCUUUCACGAAAAAUGUCUACAAUGAAUCCAGAGUAUGAUUACCUUUUCAAAUUGCUUCUUAUUGGUGACUCAGGAGUUGGAAAGUCUUGUUUGUUAUUGAGAUUUGCUGAUGACACAUACACAGAGAGCUAUAUUAGUACCAUUGGAGUUGAUUUUAAAAUCCGAACCAUAGAACUUGAUGGCAAAACUAUUAAACUACAAAUAUGGGAUACGGCUGGGCAAGAACGCUUUAGGACUAUCACAUCAAGCUACUAUAGGGGAGCACAUGGAAUUAUUGUUGUGUAUGAUGUUACUGAUCAGGAAUCCUUUGUUAAUGUAAAACAGUGGUUGCAAGAAAUUGAUCGUUAUGCCAGUGAAACUGUAAAUAAGCUGCUAGUCGGGAAUAAAUGUGAUCAAAACCCCAAGAAAGUAGUGGAUUACACUACAGCAAAGGAAUAUGCAGAUUCACUGGGUAUUCCAUUCCUGGAAACUAGUGCAAAAAAUGCUACUAAUGUUGAGCAAGCCUUCAUGACUAUGGCUGCUGAGAUAAAGAACCGGAUGGGUCCGGUUACAUCUGCCUCGGACAAUAAAUCGAAUGUCAAAAUUAACAGCAGUACUCCAGUCAAGCCCUCUUCUGGGGGUUGCUGCUGAGAAAAAGGAAAACUUGCGGAAAAAAAAUGAAAACAUGAAGGCAAGGCGAAUUGAGGCUUCAAAACGAUUGAACAAGCUACAGACAACCCAAACAAUCAUUGUAAAUUUAUACAUAGUUGGGGAGACAUGAAAAUAUAAAUGCAAUCUAAUAACUUUGUCGAGAGGGACCUUUUCCUAACAAUCUUUUGUUUUGUUUCUUUUCUUUUUUUUUUCUCUGAUUUAUCAUAUUACGCCACAAUGGUUAAGGAGAAAUUGACUUUUCAUCCAAACUUGGAAUGUCUGUUGGAAGUGCCUGUUCAGUUUAAUUUUUUGCCAGCUUUUCCUAUUUCAUCAAGUUGUUAAAGAAGUAUCCAUUCUUGAAAUGAACAUUUCAUCUUGCUUUCUGCAUUCAUUCAGAUGGUUUUAUUCUGUUUAUUGCUACCCACAAACUUUCACAAUAUCUAUGAAAAAUAAAAUUACAUGUGCAAA